AUGGAUCACCGCACUUGUCGCGGGUUAUUAAAUACUUCGCGUUACCUUUCAGUAAUGUUAUCUUCAUCUGCCGAUCCUAGAAGACCAAACAGACUAAAAAGAUUUGUUCCAUUGUCACAGGAUGCUCCUCCGCUAGAUCAGACAAUCGACUACCUCAACUUUUUUGGUAUAGUACUGAGCAUGUGUGGAUUAUUAUUUGAGAUGAAGUUUGCUGCUUGGUUGGCUGUUGUUUGUGCUUUCAUAACAUAUGCUAACUCAAGAACAGGAGAAGAUACAAAGCAGCUAAUUAGUGGAUUCAUGUUAUCUAUCAGUGCUCUUAUAAUCUGUUAUAUGCAUAAUCCACAACCAAUGCAGUUACUGUGGUGA